AUGUUCAAUGAAAACAGCACGAAUAGCCAAGGGGUUGUGAAAACAAAAUGUAUCCCCAAAGGGGAUUGUAGUAGUCGUAGUAGCAGUAAUCGUAGUAACAGUAAUCGUAGUAGUAGUGGUGCCCCCGGGGGAUUAUACAAAGGGGGAGAAGAAGACCAUACCAAAUUGAUGCAAAAUACGUUGCACCUCUUUGACCAUAUAAAAAAUGACAAAGAUAUUUUCUCCCAAAUCAUCAAAAAUGUAAUUACCUUUUUGAACAAAUUAAAGGAAGAAAACAAGUAUUAUGAAUUCGUUUCUUCCUAUGGCACAUUUGUUAAAAAAUAUGGACCCCUAACAGAUUACACAUCUUUUAAAGAAGUCAUAGAAAAGAUUAAUACGCUGGACAUUAUUGAAGUGUGUAUCUCUUUCAAUUUCACUAAUGACAGUAUAUUCCAGACUUUGCUGUCUUCCUACCUGGAGUUGCAUUUGAAUGAGGCGACCAACAUUUACAACAUGCUGCUCGAACUGACGAGGGUUGUCAUAGAUGGCUAUGCCAUUUGGGGAGAACAAAAUAAGAGAGACCCAGACUUUGUAGACAUCUUUAUUUCGCAGUGUGAAUUGAAAUAUGUUUCGAGGGAGCAAAUAAAAAAAUGGUUUAGCUAUGUUAAACAACAUGAGAAUAAUUACUCCGAUGCGCUUUUCUGUUUGAUUGACUUAUGUUUGAGCUUAAUUAACCAUGUGCAUGCGUUGCUAGAGGAGGGGGGGGUUGCCUGUGCUACGUACACCGCCUACGUAAGUGAGUUAGUCAUUCUGAGGAGUUCCUUUCCCUCUGGGGAGCCCCACCACAAACAGGACGCAGAGACAGAAAGUACAAAAUUGACAAUCGAUCAGCGUGGUGAACAAGUACGAAGGGGAAGGACACAGCUCGGGAAAUAUUCUCCAAAUGAUGUAACCUCCGAAUGGGAUAGCAAAAAGGAGAGGACAACCAAAUUGAGAACUUCUAUGAAGGACAGACCUGGACAUAUAUACAUUUGCACCUUUGAAGACAGAAUUGUGUGCAUGAAAAAUGGAGACUGCAUAGGGGAAUACUCCGAUGAUGCAACAAUAAAUGAGGAUAUGAGCAAAUUCGUGUACGAAAUUAAGUCGCGGAGCGCCAAUUUGUACCUAUUAAAAGUUCUUGUGUGCACCAUCUUGAGAGCGAUGAAAAUAACACAGCACCUGAAGGCAGAUUCACUCACAAAAUUGCUUUCCUUUUUUAACAAAUCACUGAGUGACAUUAUAAAAUGCAUUUACCAGAAAGAGGACUUCCUCUUUCUGAACCUAUUCUUCACGGAUAUAUUAAAAAUCAUGCACAUCGUGGUUUCCUUUUACAACGAGAAGAUUGAGCAGACACCCAAACAAACCAUGCUCUUUUAUAAGUGCUUCAAUAAAGUUAUCGACCAGAUCUGUAUAUACCUUCAUAAUAAGACAUUCUUCAGAGAGAUAUUCCUCGGGAGGAGGGAAGAACGAACUGCGCAUGUGAGGGGGGGUCUCCAGAAGUAUGCUCACAAUUUUAAGGAAACAUGCUACAUGUUGUUCUGCUUGUUCUACGCCAUUUUGGAAAAGACCAAUCUGGUGAAUAAUGAAAUUUUUUUAUUUUUCUGCUGCGUGUUAGAUGCAGACGAGGAGAAGGUGGUUCUAGAACCCACCAGGGAGAUGCAAUCAGCAGGCGAAUCUGCAGAACCAUGUAUCAUAAAGUCGCUCUACCAGACACUCUGUCUGAACAGGAAGUUCUUGAAGAAGUGCAAGGAAGACCUCCGAGGGAAGAACAUCAAUCGGAUAAUCACCAUUUUUCUCUUUUUGGAGAAGAAAAUUAAAAAGUAUUUUUCUUUUUUUAAAUACGUCUUUGCCUUUGUGUGGAAUAGGUUCAGUGAGGGGGCGCUGAAUGGUCAAAGACGGACCCGUCGCCCUUUCCCACUUCCAACGAGAGACUGGCGCACGGCACGUCGUCGCUGCCCCCCCAGCAAACCGCCGAACAAGAUGCAAACCGUGAUGAACAAAAUAAAAUAUGUCUUAUUGGACAUGUUCACCAAGUAUACAAAAUUGCUCAUGAUUUAUAGAUUCCAUUUUGGCAGAUGCAGAGAUGUCGGGAAGGAGAAAGAACCGUUCAUGGAUGAGUUCCUUCUGUAUAUGAAAUCCAUUGAGUGCGUCCUGUUUUCUAUCUUUGUGUACUGUCCCAAUGAGGUGCUAACUAAAUUGGACGCGUAUGCUACCGAGAGGAGCAAACUGGGCAAGCUGGCCCAUGGGGGGAAGAGCCAAUUUUCGGCCUUCAACCGGGGGCUGUACUGUUUUGAUGAGGAGCAGUGUAACGUUCCGAGCGAUUUAUCCAGUGGCACGUCGAGUGGAGUAGAAAAGCGGGGGGGAAGCCCUGAUAACAGUGAUAGUUGGAGUGGCCCAUCCCCUGGUAGCCCCUGCCCCGGGAAGAAUUCCAAGACAAAGCGCGAGUCGGAGCCGCCGAGUGACGAGUGCGUGACACGCCCGUGCGACCUCAUCGUGCUGAACGUUCUGGGAAUCAUUUACGCAAACAUAAUGGAGGAGCUGAUUAGCCACCGGUAUCGAUAUGUUUAUUUUAAGCACUGCCUUGUGCAUGCAGAAUUUGUGAAGAAGUUGUGGCUCUUCCUGCUGGGAAGUGGAAGGAGUGAACUGGUCCGCAUGAAGCAGAAGCAUCAGGACGGUAAGGACGGACGGAAUGGUGAGAAUGGGGCCACCAGGGGGGACGCGAAGCAGGAAGGGGUGGAAAUUGAAGUGAAAUUGGAAACGGUCGAGAAAAUCGAUGUGCACAUCGGGAAGGACGGAGGGAGCCACCACCUCGAAUGCUACUUCGACUUCCCCCCCUACGAAAUCCUAUGCGUGAUAAUCAUCAACCAGUUAAAGUGUUUUUCAAAUGACACAUUGAAGUGCUACAAAAUAUGCACGGCUGUCGUGGAAUUCCUUUUCUACAUCAGCUCAUCAAAGAAUCCCUACUUCUUUACCAUCUCGAGGAGGCUGUGGAAACUAGUAGGGUGUCAAAUGAAUAAGUACGAAGAAGCAUUGGCCCUGACGAUGCUGACGAAGAUAUUGUUUCACGUGUUGUCUGGCAGAAGUGAAGAAGACUCCGUUCUGCGAAGAAUGAGCGAAGGCCUAUUUACGAAGACCAUUUGGAAUAACGACAAACAGCACUUGCUACUUUCCUUUUUGAGGAGGCAAUUUUCUAUAAAUGACGUCGGGAAGAAUUAUCUCUUUUUCUAUGGGACUCUCCUCGGAAGUAUACAAUCUGAGGAACUGGCCCUGGGGGUGAUGCAGGUUUUUUUCGCCACCUUCCAUGUGCACCUGCAGUACACCCUCAACGUGCUGCUGCGAUUUUUGAAUUUGUACGAACGGGGCGUGGAGGCGGCGAGUGAAGCAGCGAGAGAAGAGGCCGGUGAAGAGACUGGUGAAGCGGCGAGUGGUCCAUCUGGCAGGGCAGAGCGAUGCUCUCCACUUGCGGUGCCCCAGGAUGCGGCCGAGGGAAGCACCAGCGAACCGAUUGAAGAAGGAAACAUAAUCUCACUCUUUGUCUACUUUGAUCUGGUGAAAAUUUUGCCGACCAACUUUCUAAGCAUAGUGGAGGAUAUAAAUCUGAUGCGUGAGAUUCAAAAGACCUUCCUCUUCUUUAUAUACGUGAGUGAUGAGUAUAGAUUACUGGAACAGCGGGAGGAAGAGCACAAGCUUAUGCUGCUAGUGAACAGGAUAAAGGGUACUCGCAUGCACUACUACCAUAACAGUGCAAAGAUUUACUUCCCCCUGGUCAUAUCUUCCCUCAUUUCUCAUUAUCUAUUUUUCAUCAUUAAGGAUGGGACAUGUCGAAUUCCAAGUGGACUCAUUUGUAGUUUUUACGAGCAUUUUUUUAGCAACCCAUAUUUGUAUACACUGUGUAGUAACCAGGUGUACAUGCGUGUGUUGUGUGACUCGUUUGUCAUUUUGCAGCAUCUUCGAGAGGGCCAAGCGAAGGGGGAAUGGAAGCCGAGGGACUUGACGGACCACCAAUGGGGUGUUCUUAAGGGACCUGAGGGGGACACCCACAACAGUGAUGAAGUCAAUGGACAUGGCCCGGAGAAACACACCAAGGAGGAACUCACUAUUGAGGAAAAAGACGCUGGCAGUGAUAAAACGGGGGGGGACUCUUCGAACCAGAUGGAUACCCUGUCGUCGUGCCUCUUCCAAGUGUACCUACACUUCCUCGAAGAUUAUGCCACGAUGUUCCACGCAGCCAUCGUCACGUUGGUAAAGAAUAAAAUCCUGUGGCGUGGGUGCAGCGAGGGGGGAAGCCCGAAAGGGUCCUCCACAACAAGCUCGAUAAACGAAGCUAAUACACCGCAGAGGUUAAACGGGGCUAUCACUCCGAAACGAUUGAAUGAACUCACCUUACGGAGCGACUUCGCCUCGAUGGACGAGUCGACCUUCUGCCAGCAAAUGUACCUCGAUUUAAAGAGGGAAGGGAAGUACACCCCGUCGUUUAGCCAUUUGAUGCAAGCCCUGUUGGACGUUUUUUUUUGUAAACCCGGCAUGAUAUCACGAGAAAGGACGAGGGAGAUCUUAGCGAAGGAGGUGGUUCCCCUGGCGGGAGUAGAUACCGUAGAUAAAGUACAUUUACUGCAGGCACGGAGAAAUAAAUUCCUAGUUACCUUUUUUAGAAACACCUUUUACGUACAAAGCUACGCAGGGGAUUACAUCAAGGAUCGUCUCUCCAAGCUUGUGGGGCCACCCCCCUUCGGGGAGCACCAGAUAUGUCGUAAAAAUUUGGAGGAGUUGGCAAGUUUGGUUUUCUGCGUGGGGGGCGGGGUUGACGUUUGA